GGAAGAUAUCAUGCCUGAGCCCAGCGUCAAAGCGCCCAAGAAGGGCUCCAAGAAAGCCGUGUCAAAAGCCACCAAGACCGGCAAGAAGAGGAGAAAGCACAGGAAGGAGAGCUACGCCAUCUACGUGUACAAAGUCAUGAAGCAGGUCCACCCCGACACCGGCAUCUCCUCCAAGGCCAUGGGCAUCAUGAACUGCUUCGUGAGCGACAUCUUUGAGCGCAUCGCCGGGGAGGCCUCCCGUCUGGCUCACUACAACAAGCGCUCCACCAUCACCUCCAGGGAGAUCCAGACCGCCGUCCGCCUGCUGCUGCCCGGAGAGCUGGCCAAGCACGCCGUGUCCGAGGGCACCAAGGCUGUGACCAAGUACACCAGCUCCAAGUAGACCUGACAAACCCAAAAACACAACGGCUCUUUUAAGAGCCACCCAACCUAUCCAGAGAGCUGCCUUCCUGUUAUUCACAGCCUGCUAGGGUUUUUACAAGGAGGCAAACACACACACAUUAGCUGGUCUCGUGCCUUGUUUACAGUCACUUAUUCUUAACAAUUAGCUAAACUUAUGUUAAGUGACAAACAUAAUAUGAAUUUAUGAAACAAAUGGAAGACUAUUAACUUGCAGCGAAACGCAACGGCUCCCAUCAAUCCUGUUGCAUUAUUUCCUUGUCCGGUUAUACAUCGAGUCUCAGAUGAUGGUGUGUAUGAAUUGAUUCCCCUUUCGGUCAGUAUUGGUGUAUCUUAUUACCUGUAACUUAACGUACGUUACCUGACAGUUUGGGUUUGAUCAUUCAGUCUUAGUUUGCUUUAUUAUGUUUAUGUAAAUGAAUAGCCCAGUGUAAAGCAAUAGAGACAAACAAUUCAUUGUUAAAAUGUAGACUGUAAAUGUUAACUGAAUAAACUAUAAAUAAAGUGGUAUUGAACUUUUAUAACAA